GAGGGCGGGGAGAGACGCGCGGGCGAGGCGGAGACAGCAAGUAUAGGAGACGCCCAGGUCCGUCCCCUUUUCUGUGGAAUCUGACUGAGCCUUCGCAGGUUUUGCUUCCCCACUCUAGAACCGGAUCACCAUGGCGACUGGACAGAAGUUGAUGAGAGCGAUUCGAGUUUUUGAAUUUGGUGGACCAGAAGUGCUGAAACUCCAGUCGGAUAUUGCAGUACCAAUUCCAAAAGACCAUCAGGUUCUGAUCAAAGUCCACGCAUGUGGUGUAAAUCCAGUGGAAACGUAUAUUCGUUCUGGUACUUACAGCAGGAAACCACUCUUACCCUAUACUCCUGGGUCAGAUGUGGCUGGCGUAAUAGAAGCCGUUGGAGAUAAUGUAUCCACUUUCAAGAAAGGUGACAGAGUUUUCACUACCAGCACCAUCUCUGGGGGCUACGCCAAGUAUGCCCUCGCAGCAGAUCACAGUGUUUACACACUGCCAGAAAAACUGGACUUUCAGCAAGGAGCUGCCAUCGGCAUUCCGUAUUUUACUGCUUAUCGAGCUCUGUUCCACAGUGCCCGUGUGAAAGCUGGAGAAAGUGUGCUGGUUCAUGGGGCUAGCGGAGGAGUUGGACUAGCAGCAUGCCAAAUUGCCAGAGCUUAUGGCUUAAAGGUUUUGGGCACAGCUGGUACUGAAGAAGGACAAAACAUUGUUUUGCAAAAUGGAGCCCAUGAAGUGUUCAAUCACAGAGAACUCAAUUAUAUUGAUAAAAUUAAGAAAUCUGUUGGUGAAAAAGGAAUUGAUGUGAUCAUUGAAAUGUUAGCUAAUGUAAAUCUUAGUAAUGAUUUGAAUCUUCUGUCAUAUGGAGGACGAGUAAUAGUUGUUGGCAGCAGAGGUCCUAUUGAAAUAAACCCACGGGACACCAUGGCAAAGGAAUCCAGUAUAAUUGGAGUUGCUCUCUAUUCAUCAACUAAGGAGGAAUUUAGGCAGUUUGCAGCUGCUCUUCAAGCUGGAAUGGAAAUUGGUUGGUUGAGACCUGUAAUAGGUUCUCAGUAUUCACUGGAGAAGGUGGCCCAGGCUCACGAAAAUAUCAUCCAUAACAGUGGGGCUAGGGGGAAAAUGAUUCUUCUCUUAGAAUGAUUAAUUCUUUCAUGUAUUUCCUAUGCAAUUAGAGGUUUCCUGUCCCAGUUUUACUUACACUACCUUUGCUCUAAUCAGCAUUCAUUUGAUUCAGUGAGUUUCUUAUAUUAAAAAACAAGAUUUGUCUUUAGAGAUGUGGGCAUUGGAGUACAAUUUAUAUUAUAGCUCACAGUAUUCUUUAUGCCUCCCACCUACCUCUAAUCAAGGAGUCAUCAUAGUAGGAAAUAGAAUGUCAGUAGUCAUUUGGCAUUGGGUGAGUUACAGAAAUUCCUGGUAUUUGAUCAUUAAUUCCAUACCUUUGACUAAAACAAGCUAAUUCAAAAUAAGGCUGUGUGAUUUCCAAGCCUACUUGUCCUUGUAAAGGUUCUUUAGUAUCUGAUUAGCUCAGAACUGUAUUGGACUCUGAAGAUUUUCUGGACUAAAUAAGACCCCUUUUCUAAGCUAAUCUCAUCUGGAUCUACAAGUCUCUUGCAAGGGCAAGAUAAACAAUGUCCAGAGAAAUUUGUUUUUUAACAAAUAGUUUUCCACUAUUUCCCCAAUAUUAGAACAUCCACUGUGUUGAUGGUUGAUUACUCAUUAUCCAUAUAUUUUUUUUAAUUGUACAUUUAGUGCCACCUUUUUUUUAAAUUUUAUUUUAUUAUGUUAUGUUAGUCACCAUACAU